AUGGAUGACAUUUACCAGAGAUUUUGUAGGGUGGUGUACAAUGGGCUUGCGCAUACUGUUCCUUUUAAGUCUAUCAGUGCAUCUGGUCUGAAUUGCUCUGAUUUGAACCAUCAUCUGAAGAAGUUUCUCGCUAACUAUGAGCACAGGCUUGGAUCCCAUGCUUCAUUGCAUCGGCUUUUCCACUACUUUCGGCGGAAGCUCACCCCGAAUCACCUCCUCCCCACACUUGUUGACGACAUGGGUAGGAUGUACCGUAGUGACGCGGAUAAAGCAGAGGCACUCGCUAAUCAUUUCUCUAGUACAUUCACGUCUAACUUCUCUCAAGAAUGGGAUCUCACCUCAUUCCCUCACGUUGCUGACAGCCUCACCGAGGUCUUCUUUGACCCGAACGCCGUUUCCACCAUCCUAAAGCAGCUUCAUCCCUCAACUACUGAACCAUUUGAUGGGAUCCCUCAAAUAGUUUACAAAAAAUGUCACUUUUCGCUGUGUAAGCCUCUGGCUAUGAUGUUCAACCUCUCCUUCCUAACAGGUGAUGUUCCUCAGCUGUGGAAAGAUGUAAUUAUCACUCCCAUUCAGAAGUCCUCCAAGUUAAGCACACUAAACAACUUCCGCCCAAUCAGCCUUGCCGCCACUCCUGUCAAGGUUAUGGAGAAAAUCAUAAAUGAUAGACUGUUAGCUUGGUUUACGAGACUCCGCAUCAUCCCUCCAGAACAGCACGGUUUUAUUCCGGGCUUAUCCACCACGACUAACCUUUCAGAUACCUUGUAUGACUUU